GAUGUAGAGUUGGAACGUUUGGUGUACAAUGUGAGGAGAAGUGUCCGUCUAAUUGCAAAACUAUUUAUUGCAACCAAGUCAAUGGCAAAUGCAACGAUGGAUGCAAGCCGGGUUAUCAAGGAUAUCAUUGUCAAGACAAAUGUAAUAACGGUUACUAUGGUGAUAAAUGCGCCAACCAAUGUAAUACUAACUGUAAAGAGGGGGACACAAUAUGUAGACAUACAGAUGGAGAAUGUUUGAAUGGUUGCCAGGCAGGGUGGAAUGGUAAAAGAUGUGAUUCAAAAUGUAUGCCCGGAAAGUUUGGUCCAGGAUGUAAGGAGAAUUGUCCUUUAAAUUGUAAUGCCGAUGUAUGUGGCUAUAUCAAUGGCAAUUGUAAUGAAGGUUGCAAGCCGGGUUUUCAAGGAAACAAGUGUAAUGAAAAGUGCCUAGCUGAAACAUAUGGUGUAGGAUGUAAGGAGAAUUGUUCAGUAAAUUGCAAAAAUGGUGUUUGCAAUCAAGUCAACGGCAAUUGUAGUGAAGGGUGCAUUCCGGGUUAUCAAGGAAGAAAGUGAGAAGAAGAAUGCAGUAGUGGUAAUUAUGGUGAUAAUUGCGCCUAUCAAUGCAGUGGUCAUUGUAAAGAGGGAAACAUAAUAUGUAGACAUACAGAUGGAGAAUGUUUGAAUGGUUGCCAGGCAGGAUGGAAUG